AUGCUGAGGCUUCCGACCUUGAUACGACCUUUUUCCUUUUCGUCUCGGGGAUUUUGUGUCCGCGCUGGAACGUUGAAAUAUCGCUCGCGGAUAUGUUCGUCCGUACAUCAAGGGCGUUCCUGGGUGGGAAUUUCUCCUUCUUGUGGUUGGGUUUCAAAACUUCGUCAUAAUGUCCAAGCGUAUCUUCUCGGCCAGUGUCCCGGCAGCAGAAUUACGGUCAUAUCGAUCAGACUUCCAGGUGACUUGCAGGACCAAGUAGUCAUUCCAAUGGAUUCUCCGCGCCAUAUUUGGCAAUCAGCGUUGGAAUGUGCUUUAUGUGAGCCGCACCGAACGUUCUCCGUGCCUCGACCGCCGGAUCCUUGA